AUGGAGAUCGAGAGCAGUGAAGAAGAAGAGGAGAGGAUUGAAAAAAAUGGAGAGAAUGAGAAAAGAAGUCACUGUAGGCCAUUCAGGGAAAUUUUUAACCAGGUGAUUCUUGUUCCUUUAAUUGAAACUCUUCCCCAAGUUCCUGUUUACUCCAAGCGCAUAAAAUACUAUCUUGGAGAGGAGAUUAAUUUGGAUGAAGAAGAAGAACAAGAAUUGCAUAUAAAGGCUAGGAAAAGACGUCAUCCACCAAAGAUGAAGGACCCAGGAAGUCUUACUCUUCCAUGCAUGAUUGAAGAUGUAGAUGUGGGGGAAACCAUGCUAGACUCUAGGUCUAGUAUUAACAUGAUGCCUUUAUCCUAUUUGAAUAAAAUCGGAGGAUUAACAUUGAAACCAUUGAAUGUUAUGGUGAUGGUGGCAGAUGGGACAUCUUCAAGGCCGAUUGGUGUGAUGGAAGAUGUAGUUGUUCGGAUUGAACAUCUUGAAUUCUUGGUUGAUUUCAUAGUCAUGGAAAUGAAUACGAGUGGAAGGAUUCCAUUAAUCCUGGGGAGGCCUUUCAUUAAAACUUCUAAAUAA